UUGAUUCCACUUCUUUGACUAUAUGAGUCAUCUGAAACCUUGUUGUGCACAUUUCAGGAGUGUUUCAGACAUACAUUAAUUAAUUCUUUUCAUUUAUAACCUAAUUUUAUCUCUUGUAGUAGUUGCAGUUGUGGUUUGUUUAAGCAGCAGUGACGAUGGUAAACAUUAACGAUAUUUCCUAUGACACUUAUUUUAGAAUUCUGCUUGAGUUGCUCACAGUCGUCGGUUUGAUAUCCAUUGUGGCCAACUUUUUUCUCAUUUUUGUCAUCAUUAAAUACAAGAAGCUGCGAGAAGACACAACUAAUUUAAUCUUCCUGCAUUUGAAUAUAAUGCAAGUUGUGAUUUUGAUUGGCACACUUAUAACACAACGAAUUGAGAUUCAAUAUGAAUUUUCAUCAGCCAGUAAAGUGCACGCGCGUGUCUUUUGUAUUCUUUACCAAAUCGACGUCAGUGUUUUAUUGUUUGGAAUUUUAGGAGUUUUAUUUCUCCUAGUCUGUGAUAGUUUUAUCAAAAUUUAUUACAAAAACAAGUACCAAAGUUUUGGUCUUUUUUGUAAAUUUGCCCUUAUUGGAUUUUAUAUUUUACCCGGAUGCAUUCCCUUCAUUUUAGUACCAUAUUGUGUAUCAGAUCCGUAUUUUAUUUUAUUAAUUUGCCUUAUUAUGAUAGUUUGUACAGCUAUUGUGGCAUCACCUGUAAUUAUUAUUAAUAUUAUACAUGCAAUUAAGAAAAGAAAGUUAAUAAAUUACAAAUCGAGCAAUAUUGGAUUAGUGGUGCCAAAUAUUUUCUUUCUGUUAUGGUGUCCCACUCUAACUAUAGCACUGCUGUGCAUGUUUGUCCUAAGCGCUCCAAUUGUUGCUGCAAUUCUAUGUGUACUGCUUUUUUUAAACCCUGUAUUUAAUUUACUCUAUGUUUAUUUUUAUGAUAGUGAUUAUAAAAUAUUUUUAAAAUUAUGUUUUACAUGUAAAUGUAACGAAUACAGCACUGUAAAUUUGGAAGACCAGUCUGUAACGUAUAACGAUGUAAAUGAUGGUGUAGUAAUUUCCUAAAACUAAAUUUAAUUAUUGUAUGUACAAUUCACCAUUUUUUAUUAAUAAAACUGUUUUAAUAUUUA